GCAGAACUUAGAUUAUCUUUAUUCUAUCUGUUCUUAGAUACAUAAUGAAAUUAUGGAUAACUACAAUCAAAGUCUAAUUACAAUGUCUGGAAACAGCCAUCCUGAAGAGUACAGAAUUUCAUCACUUGUCUUCUACAGCUUUAUUUUCACAAUUGGCUUACUUGUUAAUGUCACAGCACUCUGGGUCUUCAGCUGUACCACCAAGAAAAGAACAACUAUAACUAUCUACAUGAUGAACGUUGCACUGCUUGACUUGUUUUUUAUAUUUUCCUUGCCUUUCCGGUUGCAUUACUAUGGGAAACGCUCUUGGUUCUUUGGAGACAUCUUCUGCCGGGUUCUAAGUGCUUUCACUGUUUUUUACCCAAGCAUUGCUCUAUGGCUGCUAGCUUUUAUAAGUGUUGACAGAUAUCUGGCUGUUGUUCAACCCAAACAUGCCAAGGAACUCAAGAAUACAGCCAAAGCUCUGAUAGCUUGCACAGGUCUUUGGAUAAUGACUCUUGUGACAACUUCUCCUCUAAUGCUCUUACAUCCUGAUCCAGACAAAACUUCAAACUUCACCACCUGCAUUAAGAUGAUGGAUAUUAUCUACCUAACAGAAGUCAACGUGUUAAAUUUUUCUCGGCUGGUAUUUUUUUUCUUGGUUCCCCUAUUCAUCAUGAUUGGUUGUUACCUCAUCAUCAUUUACAGUCUCAUUCGUGGACGAACUUCCAAGCUGAAACCAAAGGCUAAAGAGAGGUCAAUCAGAAUUAUUGUGACACUGAUAAUCCAAGUGCUUGUGUGUUUUGUGCCUUUUCACAUUUGUUUUGUGUUCCUGAUGCUCCAAGAUGUACACGUAAACUACAAUCCAUGGGGAGCAUUUACCACUUUUCUCAUGAAUCUCAGCACAUGUCUAGAUGUAAUUCUGUACUACCUGGUUUCUAAACAAUUUCAGGCCCGAGUAAUCAGUGUCAUGCUUUAUCGUAAUUAUCUUCGAAGCGUACGAAGGAAAAGUAUAAGAUCUGGUAGCAUGAGGUCAUUAAGUAAUAUCAAUAGUGAGAUGAUAUAGAAAGAACUUAUGUGUGAU